AGCCAGUGACUGCUGGGUCUGUGGGCCACUCUGCUCUGUUUAGCCUACCUCAGUCAAAUUCAAGUCAACAUAUCUACAUCCCAGGUCCCAGAAUGAAUACGACCCAUGGAGCCCCGAGGAAAACCCCAAGGAGCAUUUGAGAGUUGGGGGGACACAGGAGAGGGAUGUGGACCAGUCUGUCCAGUGGUUGGGUCAGGGAUGCUUCCUGCUGAGCAACUGGGGUGGGGCUGCAUGUGUGAGGGAGGCACAUGAGAGUCCGGAGUACAGCCCGCCCCAGCUGACUUUAGCAGCCACAGGGAGAUAGGAUUGGGCUUUGUUGCAGGGUAGCAGGGUGCAGAGAGAAAGCAAGAGAGGACAGAGGUCUUGAGUUCUAGGACUCCAGGGCCCAGGAAGAAGAGGUCAAACCGUGGGAAGGGGAUGGGGGUGGGGGGCAAGUUGGGACAUGAAUCACUGUGUGAAAGAUGGAGAUCGGGUUUGGGGAUUUAGCUCAGUGGUAGAGCAAUUGCCUAGCAAGUGCAAGGCUCUGGGUUUGAUCCUCAGCACCGAAAAAAAAAGAUGGAGAUCUUGGCAUAAGAGUAACUGUUGGGAAGUCCAGCAGCUUGGCCCUGGUAGGACACAGCAUGGGCUCAAAGCGCUGGCGGCCACGGGGAGGAAGACGGCAGAGGAGGCUGCAGACUGGCUGCAUGGCCACUGCAGUGACCCUUCUCUGGAUGACCCCAUCCCCCAGGAGUACGCCCUCUUCCUCUGCCCCACAGGGCCCCUGCUGGAAAAACUCCAAGAGUUCUGGAGGGAGAGCAAGCGCCAGUGUGCGAAGAACAGAGCUCAUGAGGUCUUCCCUCACGUGACACUCUGUGACUUUUUCACGUGUGAAGACCAUAAGGUGGAGUGUUUGUAUGAGGCUCUGAGGCGUGCAGGGGACAGGAUCCUGAGCUCCUUUCCUACCCAGGUUCCUCUUGUUCUCCAUUCUUCUAUCAGCUACCUCGGCUUCUUCAUCAACGACAGCCCUGCUGAUGUCAUCAGAGAAUUCGCCAUGGCAUUUGCCACGGAGGCAUCAGUCUUGGCAGACUGCAGCGUCAAGCCCUGCACCAAGCAGCUGCACCUGACCUUGGCCCAUAAGUUCUACCCUCACCACCAAAGGACCCUAGAGCAGCUGGCCAGAGCCAUCCAGCCCAGCCACACCUGCCAGUGGACAGCUGCCCUGUACUCCCGAGACAUGCGUUUUGUGCACUACCAGACCCUGAAGGCGCUGUUCCAGUACAAACCCCAGAACGAAGACGAGCUGAUGCUCAGGCCUGGUGACUACAUCUUCGUGGACCCCACUCAGCAAGAGGAAGCCAGUGAGGGCUGGGCCCUCGGGAUCUCACAUCGGACUGGCUGCCGGGGCUUCUUGCCGGAGAACUACACAGAGCGAGCCAAUGAGGCUGACACCUGGGUUAAGCACAGGACAUACACAUUUAGUCUAGCCAUGGACCUGAACUCUAGAAAGGACGGCGAAGCCAGCAGCAGGAGAAAUGGAGAAUUCCACACUCCGUCAAUGUCAAGGAGCAUCAGCAGCAUGCAGGCUUUGCAGGCUACCAUCGCGAGGAGAGGCGUGCUGGUAGUACGCCAUGGGGAGAGAGUGGACCAGGUCUUUGGGAAGUCUUGGCUACAGCAGUGUACUACCGUCGAUGGAAAAUACUACAGGCCAGACCUGAACUUCCCCCGCAGCCUGCCCAGGAGGAGCAAUGGUAUCAAAGACUUUGAAAAUGAUCCGCCCUUAUCAUCCUGUGGAAUUUUCCAGGCCAGACUUGCUGGAGAGGCUCUGCUGGACAGCGGCAUCCGAGUCACAGCGGUCUUUGUGUCUCCAGCCCUGCGCUGUGUGCAGACAGCCAAGCACAUCCUGGAAGAACUCAAGCUGGAGAAGAGGCUGAAGAUACGGAUUGAGCCUGGAGUCUUCGAAUGGAUGAAGUGGGAAGCCAGCAAGGCCACCCCGACCUUCCUGAGCUUGGAGGAGCUGACAGAGGCACACUUCAAUGUUGACCCUAAUUACAGGCCUGCGUUCCCCCGCUGCUCCCUCAUGCCAGCCGAGAGCUAUGACCAGUACGUGGAAAGGUGCGCCGUGAGCAUGGGGCAGAUCAUCAACACAUGCCCACAGGACACAGGCAUCACCCUCGUCGUGAGCCACAGCUCAGCACUCGACUCCUGUACUAGGCCUCUCCUCGGGCUCCCACCCAGGGAAUGUGGAGAUUUUGCCCAGCUGGUAAGAAAGAUCCCAUGUCUGGGAAUGUGCUUCUGUGAAGAAAAUAAGGAGGAAGGAAAGUGGGAGCUGGUGAACCCCCCAGUGAAGACGCUGACACACGGGGCCAACUCGGCUUUUAACUGGAAGAACUGGAUCUCGAGCAACUGAGCCAGCCCAAGCUCGUCGGCAAGGCAUGAGGGGCUGUGAUUAGGAUUACAAAGGCACUCUAGCCCCUCGUGUGCCGUGACUUGGAGAAGCACUAAAUACACUUGAUAUUCAGGGGUACUGCCAUGGCUCAUGCCUUCGUCACGGUCAUCUGUGGCUCUGCUGCCCUGCCAGCCUGACUGUGGAAGCCACAGCAGAGGUGUGUAUUAGGACACCACAUUGCAACAUGCGUGCUGGGUUGGAGAGAACAGAGGAACAGCCUCACCUCCAGGAACUAAAGGCUCCCCACCCCCACGCCCGAAGAUGCUACCUUUCUAUGUUGUAUGCUCUUAGGAGACCUCCUUCCUUCUAUAGCCAUCACCCUUUAGCCAGGGCCACACCAGCUGAAAGAGGAACAGUAGUCAAAGAAACGGCCCACCGCAUCAAAACCAGGGCAGCUGCUGGCCCCAGCCCCUGUGUAUUGGUUCUGUGCUGCUGCUGGGACACAUUGCUGGAAACAUAGUGAUGAUCACGGCAGUGUAAAAUUCCUAAUGCACAUAGGCCAGGGUGUGGUUCUGGAGGUCCGCGUGGGUUGUAUUCCCCUACAGAUUCUAGAGGGCCCUUCCCCAGCCAUUUCCAGAAUCUAGAGGCAUUUAUACUUCCCGCCAUCAUAUUUAUAGUGUUCUAUUGCAAAUCAGUUUGGGGAAGUUCUCAGGCAUGGUCCCAGGGCCCCUUCCCCGAGCCUGCUGCCUCCUCCUCACAAAGACCCUAUGGCAAACUGUGCUCGGUAACCUAGAAUCUCCCUUGACAAUGGUGCCUGCAAUGGCCCUUAGCCACAGAGGUCACAUGUUCAUGGUCCCAGCAUUGGGAUGUGGAUGUCUUUGAAGGCCAUUGUCCAGCCCGCCACAGCCUCUGUUCUUCUGAGCACAUCAUGGCUAUUGUACAAGGGUCUAGACAUAAAGAUCCGAGCCCUAUA